AUGGACGAGAACGAAGAUCUGGGCUCAUUUGAUCCAAACAUACCAGAGGAGGGACCGUCUGCGCCCCCUCCUGGCUGGUUGGAGGACAUCCAUGGGUAUCAGGGCCACAGAGGAGGAGGUCCAGAGGAGGAAGACCCGCUGCACCCGCCUCCCCCUGCCUACAACCCCCAACCUGAGCUCAACCGGAGCACCUCGGUCCCCACCAUCAGGGUCCCGUCGGUGUCGGAGGACGUGGCCCGAGACGCUCUCCUCAGGUUUGUGGGAUCCAAGUGGAAGUACAGCUCCAAACCAGCCCGGAACCUCACGUUCAGGGAGCUGAAACCCAUCACGGUGUACCGGUAUCGACUGGAGACCUACACCGAGACCAGGACCAGCGCCUGGCACUUUGAGCCCUACAACGGUCAGACGGUGGACGGUCCUCAGCACGGUGUGAGUCCUCCACCGUGGGACGUCCCGGUGUCCACGCCUCCCAUCUACACCGACAAGGCGGAAAAGAUCCGAGUGCCGCACUCGUCGUUCGUGAAGGUGUGCCACAAGUGUCGAGGCUGCGGCAGAACUCGCUGCUCCGGCUGCUUCGGCAGAGGCAUGAAGCGCUGUACGUUCUGUCACGGCCUCGGUCGAUCCAGGAAAAAACCAUGCACUUCCUGUCACGGUCGAGGGCGCAAAAGGUGUUUGAGCUGCCGAGGCGACGGCUACAGAACGUGCUCGGUGUGCCACGGGGCUCAGAACCUGCUGCACUUCAUCCAGCUCACAGUCACAUGGAAGAACCACGUCAGUCAUUUCAUUCCCGACCGCCAGCCGGACUUCCCUGACAGGAAGUUUGAGAAAGUUUCAGGAGAUCCGUUCUUCAUCGACGAGAACGUUCUGGUGUAUCCAAUCCAGGGUUUUCCUGAUCAGGAGAUCUGUGACGUUUCCACCAAACUCACCAACGAACACCUGCUUCGCUUCACUUCCACCAGCCGCAUCCUGCAGCAGCGUCAGACCAUCGAGCUCGUCCCUCUGACUCACGCCUUCUACUCGUACAGCGGGAAGGACUACAGCUUCUUCGUGUACGGGACGGAGAACAAAGUGUUCACCUCCAAGUACCCCACCGCCUGCACCCUGCUUUAGGUUUUACAUGUUCCCAUGUG